GCUUUAAGUUAGAAGGUACACAAAACUGACCUGAGAGCAGCGUCUAGUUUGGCAGGCUGGUAGAAAAGUGCGCUUUAAAUUUGACCUUUGGACUUCAGACCUUUGAGCUUAUUGCUGAUUAGACACACGUACACACACACACACACACACACACACACACACACACACACACACACACACACACACACACACAUACAAUAGUACAAAAUAUUCUCGGAUUGCAAUAAAAACAAUGAGAAACAAUAUAUACAAUAACUGAUCAUAUUAAGUAGGUCCUACUACCUCUCACACAUGCCCCAAUAAUAAAGAGGACAUGGAAAGUACAGCUUAAAAUUAAAAAGGGAAAUGAAGCCUUAACAUUUCCAAACUUCCCUUUUUUAGUUUUCAAGCGGAUAAUAAGUCAGAAACUAAGUCAGUCUGCUCACAAUAUUCUCGUUUACAGAUGUUGUACAAAUAGCACAAAAAGUAGUCAAAUAAUUCUUCUACUUCGUCAUCUCUGCUGUUCCAGCCUGAGGGAGUAGCCAUCUCGUCCUGGCCCUAACUGGCUGACAAGAGAUGGUCUAGCUUUUUAAGUUUUCAGUUAAGUCUGAAUGAGUCUACAGACAUGAAAACGACAGAAAGACACUGGAGAGAACGAACCCAGCUCUUUGAAGCAGAUCCUGAGCAGCUUCACCAACAGAAUGACAAUAAGGAGGAAGCAGUGAGUUCCACCCUGAAAUGAAAACAAUCCAUCUAACCCCCAGCUUUGGAAACCAACCACCCUACUGGUUUGAGAUCUCUCAAAAAAGAAGAUUGAUGACACCAUAAAUGGAGAGAUAUAAGAAAACCCCUGUGCUUUUUCUUCUUCUGGCUCUGCUUUGUGCCUGUGCUGCUGGAAACUCUCUGUGCUUCCAUAACAGUGUCUCAGAUCUCACCUGCGACACGGACUAUAAUUCUACUAUCACUUGUGUGUGGAACAGCACAUAUGUGUCUGAUCAGCCAGACAAUGUGUGCACAAUACAAUCCAAAGGGAGUACUAAAUUUCAUAGCAGUUCAUGUAACCUGGAGCCUGUUGACGUCUCCAGACCAAUGCCAAAGAAGUGCGUCCUGAGCUACAAAAGAGAAGGCAAUUUUGUGACCUACCACCAGCUGGAUAUUCAUCUAAGCUGUGGCCCUGCGAAGCAGAUUUUGAGCAUUUCCUUCACGCCAGCUUGUCACAUAAAGCUGGAUCCUCCGCAACAACCAGAUAUCAACUCUACCACCGUUUCCUGGUCAUCCCGACUUACACCCAUACCGCAUGGAAGAAUCAAUUCCUACAUCUCCCAAUUGCAGUGGAAACAAAAGGAUGAGUCAUGGAGUGAUCCCUCUGUGAAAAUAAUAGACACUCAAUGUGAAUAUAACUGCACAGCGGAGCUGGACCCUAAUCAGAUAAUACAAGCCGAGACGUACCAGGCACGCACUCGAGUGAAGGCCAAUGAACGCGACACCGAGUCAAUGUGGAGUGACUGGAGCCCCACUACAUCAUGGGUGUCUCGGAAAGGAAGAGCAAAACCACCCCCCCCACCAUCAGAUCCUACUGGGGGUGUUUUUGGCAUUGUUGCCGUGGCAACAGGAUUGGCCGUGUUUCUGGUUGUCAUACGCUUUAAGACAGACAAAACCACCUGGGUUUACAUCGCAAAGAGAAUCAAAGGUCCGCCCCUGCCGAACCCAGCAAACUCCUUCCUAAAUGAUGCAAAUUUCCAGAAUUGGUUGAGCCCUUACUUCACCAGGGAAUCCUUUCAGUCCUUCUUAAAACCGGUGGAUAUCGUCUCUGUUGAGGUAACGUCCACUGUGGAUGCUGUUGCACCCUGCGGGCCAGAGGCGGCACUGCUGGAGAAGAUGAGAAGUGAAAGCAGCCACAAGUCGACCAGUUCCAACUUCUCCAACCCCAGUUACUCCCAGCUGUGUCCUCCUCCUCCUCCUCCUCCUCCUCCUGUUUCCUCGCUCACUGCGGGGAAUCUGGCGCCCUGUGCCACCGAUACACCUUAUGGACCCGUCGGUAGUCAAGGUGAAGGUAACAAUGCCGAACAGGAUAGGGAAGUGAGAGGGAAAGAAGUGGAGAUCCGCCAGUUGCUCUCCAAAGGCAGAAACAACAGUGAGCCUAUGCCGGUAAUUUCAGACUAUGAGAAGGCUGAGAAGCUCCAGGUCGAGUGCUUCAGGCUCCAGAGACUGGAUUCAGGCGUGUGCAGUGGUGAAGAAGUCAGUCAAGAGAGCUUCGAGGCAGAUAGCAUCAAUGUGACUGAUAGCCAUGAGGAUGGGCCUGAAGGAGAGGAGCAGGUGGAGGGAGGGAAUGGCAAAGAAAUAGAUUUCCAGAAGUUGUUUGGAGGCAGUGUAGAUAUUUUAGGCAAAGGCUCCAUUCAGGUUUGUUCCGGUUACGAGCAAGUCCAGAAGCUGCCAGCUGACAGCCCUGAGCUCUGCAGCCUGGAUUCAGACAUUGGUAGCGGGGGCGAGGAGCAGAUGAGUCAGGAGGAAAGCUUGGAAGAUAUGGAUAAGUCCACUGAAUCUACAAGCCUCCUGCUUCCUCCAUCUCCUUCCAGCAUCUUAUCAUGCUCCUUGCCCUCUUUCACACCACUGCCUUUGAACUUCUCUGGGCCAGGUUUGAGUCCAGCUCUGCAAACUCUGCCAAGUCAUUUACUUGAGAGGAUUGCUCUAAUGUCAACUAACGAGUCAGUGGAGCCCUCUAGUGACGGAUAUAUGCCAGUUCGACAGGAACAGAGCUAAAAACUGACAGCAGGCCUUACAGUAAAUGCUGUACAAUACUGUAUGUUGUUAGCCUGACAUUGCUAGACCAAAUCGCAAAUGUGUGUAGUCUGAAACCUCUCACUUUAUUUUCCAAUUUCCAAGGGGCGGUUUAAACCGAGGUAGACCAACAUGCCUCUGAAUUGGAUAGACUGACAUGUGAUGUAAGAGCGGUCAAAUGUGAACAGACUGCAGCAGAGUCAACUAGCAGAUGACAGCACUGUUUAAAAAUAAAAAAUAACAUUGCUCAGA